AUGGCACAAUUCGUGCCAAGGCCGUCCUUCCAAAUUCCUGGAACCAUACCAAAAACAUACUUCCUGGGUCAUCACCAUGCUGGCGCCAACAAGAUCAAAACUCUUCUCCCAAACAUUUCCAUCAUAUUGGAAUGCAGGGACUUCAGACUGCCAUUGUCUACACAGAAUCCAAGCCUCGAGAGAGCCAUCGCAGGGCGGCAACGCAUUGUAGUCUACACAAAAUCCGACCUUGGUACUGACAGCACCACUGCGCGUCACGCCUUAAAGAGGAUAUAUGGAGACAACGCUGUAUUCUGGGACAAGCAGAAACCUGCCACCACUUCUGCGCUGCUCAAGAGACUGAAAGACUCUGCGCGCACCGUGGACUCGUUGGUUGGCGUGCGUGCCCUCGUCGUUGGGAUGCCAAACGUCGGCAAAAGCACGCUUUUAAAUUCUCUGCGCAAUGCUGGCAUCUCUGGCAAAGUGGCAAAAGCUGCGAAAACGGGAGACCAGGCCGGAGUGACGCGCAAGAUUGGGACCGCAGUGCGUAUCGUCGCAUCGGACGAGAAAGGCGGCGUUGGAGGCGGUGUCUUCUUGAUGGAUUCCCCAGGCAUAUUCCAACCCUAUGUCAACGACGGUGAAACCAUGAUCAAAGUUGCACUGACACACGGGAUAAAGAAGGGACUCAUCCAUGAUGAAAUCCUGGCAGAUUAUCUUCUCUACAGCAUGAAUCGGUAUGAUCCCACACUUUACGAGCGAUACUGUGAGCCAACAAACGACAUCUACGAAUUUCUCACCGCUGUAGCUGAAAAGGAUGGUAAGUUGAGAACGGGGGGUGUCCCAAACAUACCUGAAUCAGCCGCAAGAGUGCUUUCACAAUGGCGAGAAGGAAAGCUUGGACGCUAUGUGCUGGACGAUCUCUCCGAAAACAGCAUCCUAACUCACCAAGCCAAGAUUGAACAACCGCCCCAAAGCAUGAGCCAGGCAAAGAAGCAGCAGAAGCUGGAAAGAAGCCAGACAAGAGAGACAAGUUAG